AUGACGGAAAAUGGUAUAUCGAAUGAAUAUAUUUCAGAGCGUCUUGUUAGGCUUGUCUCGGUCGGCCUGAAAGAGGCUACAAUGGACUCUCCGAGUUUCCGAGCUUCAACCAAUUUCAUGCAUAUAUCCAUUAUUCAAUGCUCCCGUCAGAUUCAAAAAUCUUUGUCUGUACUUCAGAGAUACUCUGCAAUAUGGUCUAGUUUUAUUGAUGUGUCUAAUGAAAUGGAAGGCAUGUUCAUUCCUUACACAAGGAAUGACACCCAUUUCAUCAGUAACGAUAUAUCAAAACCAUGCCUCACAAAGUUUCUUAAAGGAAACAGAAUUAUAUUAGAUAGUGCACUUUCGCUUUUUCAAAUAAGUGAAGCACCUUUCCAAGCCAUGAAGGAUUUAAUUGAAGUCGAUAUCCAGCAAUACCUAGAAUUACGAAAGAAUUUCGAAAGAAUCCAAAAUAAGUAUGACAUUAUAUCUGCUAAAUUUAUGCAAUUGCCAAAAGGUUACGAUCCUCAGAAAACAAGAGAUGAUGCCUUGCAACUAUUUGAAAUCAGGAAACAGUAUAUACAGGUAUCUAUGUUAUUGUGGAUAUCUGUUAAACAGCUAGAGUCGAAAAUCUGUAGAGUGUCUACUGAAGUUCCGGGAUCCUUUUGGAGCACAUUCUCAAACACAAAUACUGAUAGCGGUGCUAAGCUUGCCGAAGAAAUUGGUUUGGCUGACAUUGCAGAGUCAAUUAAACAAUUGAACAUGUGUGCAGAGCUACAAAAUGAAUCAUCAAAUUCCUUACUGGCGGACCUGAAUCGUACGAGAAUUAAUUCAGAGGAAGGUGCUAUAAAGAUGUUUGCCGUGUCUACAAAUCUGCAAGAUUUUGAUCCGUCUCCAUUUACAAACCAAAACCUUCUUGACACAGAUACUUCCGUAUUGGAGAAGCACGGUUGGGUCUUUAUAAAGUCUCCUAAAUUGACUGGUGGUAAAGGUGACAUUUGGAUUAAAAGAUGGAUGUUUAUCAAAGAUGGAGUUUUUGGAUUUUUAUCCAUCUCACAAGAUGGUCAAUAUGUUCAAGAAAGUGAUAAAAUUGGUGUUUUAUUAGUUUCUGUCAAGUACUAUCCUGAUGAAGAUAGGAAGUUUUGCUUUAGGAUCUCAUCUCAACAGACUAAUUUAACGAUUCAGGUGGAGACUUCACAAGAAUUGAGAAGCUGGUUAACUGUUUUCCGUAAUUCAACGUUACAUUCAGUGGAAACAAAAUCAGUAUCUGCAGCACAUCGGUAUUCACCUCCUCUGAAUAUGCUAAAACUUGUUCCUGUGGUGGCCAAAGAUUUGGAAAUUAUUGACGUUAGUCCCGUUGAUCCCCAAACAGAGAAAACUUCUAAACUUAUUGAACUUCAGCUAUCAAACCUUAAAUUCAGUUUGUCUAUUAACCCACCCAUAAAGACUAGGAUGACAGAAAAACUUGUAAUGGCACAUCUCUAUCUCUCUCCAACCAUAGUACCUUCCGCAACUACUGCUAACUUCUGGGGUUAUGUUAAUUGGGGUCUAUACUUUUUACUUGACGACGAGCAAAGAGCUAAAAUUUCUGAUCAAUCAAAAUCUGGAAUUCCUAAAUCGAUUGUUAAUUUAAGAUAUGAUAAUUAUUAUCCUGAAUCUUUACGUGUUGCAGAUGCAGAAUUGAGAUCGAUUUUUGAAGUAUUUGUUCAACCCCAAGAAUUGACAUUACUAAAAUUCAACUGCUCUUGGUCCCCCAAUGCGGGACAAAACCUUUUCUGUUCAGUAUAUGUUACUAAUCAGAACUUUUAUGUGUACGGGCACACUUCUGGUCUUAUUUCUAUUCUACCAUUGAGUUUGUCUAGUUUCUUGGAGGUUGAUGUUAUUGAACGUAACGAUGACAAAAAAAUCCUUAAAGCAUAUUUUGUUAAUGGUAUGGCAUUAAAGAUGCAAUUAUAUGACGACGAUCUCCAUGCGGUUAAAUCCAAAUUUAACUAUAUUAUAACGGCACUAAGAGAAAAGACAUCGGUAGAGGAUAUUGUUUCAAACAUCAUUAAAAUUGAACAAUCCUACUUACUAUUACAGCAGAAAAAACAUAGGCUAUUAGUUGAUGCAAGAACACAUCACGAGCAUGGACACGAUAUUGAAAAGUUGCCCGGGGUUGUUGCACAACCGCCAAUUUCAGGUAUUUCGCAAAUGGAAGAGUCACAUAUUAUCAAUUAUACACCUCAAAUGCAUCGUGUAUUGUCCAGGAAAUAUAACAUCCCCGCCAAGGCACUAUUCCAUAUGCUAUUUGGUGACGAAUCUUCAUUAUUACAGUGUACGCUACCCUUAGCUUCUAGCCAGAUAGCACAAGAUAAAACUAGACACGGGCUAUGGAGAUGUGAUUCGACUCAGAAAUUGACUCGUGUUGUUUGGAAUUCUGUUUGUAAGUUGCCAUGUGCCUUGCAAACAGUUGAAAAUAUGACAAAUAAUAAGUAUUAUAAUGUUCUCCAAGAAACUCCUUAUUUAAGGUUCGUUUUUGGAAUCAACAAGAAAGUUUACACGAGGUUUGUUAUUUACAGCAUAGAUUCAAAGACAUCCAAACUGUUAGUUUACUAUUCGCUGAGUGGUGGGAAGAGUGUAUUGAAUUGGUUUUCACAAGCUGUUUUGCGACAAAUCAUGAAUUUUAGAAUACUGACUUUGGAGGAAAAUAUUAACAAUGGACUCAAAUCAAUCGACCAUGGGCAUAAGAAAAUUGCGCAUGCAAUCCAAAGCUAUGGUCCGAUAACUAAAUAUGACUCUGAUGAGCCAACAAAGGAUGAAAUAGCAUUUAAAAAUACUAUUAAUUUUUUACCGGUUCAAUUAUAUACAACAUUUUUUUAUGAAAAGUUGAAUAGUGAGGUUGAAAAAUCAGUGGCUAAAGCAUUCCACACUAUUUGGGGGGUAUUAUCACGUAUAUUUGUAUUUUGCAAUGCAAAUAUGAUGAUACUUUUGAUACUAGCGUUUUCAAUAAUAAUUAAUCUAUUCAUGAUGGGCAAGACAAGUUCUUCGUACUGGCGAGAAAGGCACAUCAAUAAGCAUGUCAAGACUUUAGUUAGUGACCACUACCUGAUGGAGCGUUCAAUAAGCUUAACCGAUAUAGAUGAUUUACUCUAUCCUAACACAACGUCGUUGUCUGCAGUCAAUGGUGGGUCAGAGUGUUACUGGAAAUUUUUACAACACGAGAACUUGUUGGAUCUGAGUAAAUAUUCACGCAUCCAUGAUUUAGAUGAAGACGAAGGUAAAUACGAAGCCAGAGGUAGGGUCGAGGUAGUGUUGUCCAAGAGAUUGACGGGACUUCGAAUAGAACGAAAUGAACUACUAACGAAAUUGAAUCUAUUGAAUUAUGCAGAGCGAGAGUUUAUUAUCAAUGAAUGGAAAAAUUGGCUUACUUCGGAGAUUGCCAAUUGUGAAAAAGUCGAAACGUUAUAUCCCGAAACUUUUGAAGCAUUGGAGCCGUAUUGCAAAAGUGUUGAAAUCGAGAUGAUCAACCUUUAUAAAAACAUACUUUGA